UCCCUCCGGCCCUCGGCUGGCACCUGGCGGCGGCGGACAGGGGGCGGCGCUGCGCGCGUCAGGCGGCUGGGUGGGAGAGCGUGCAGGUGACACCCGGCGGCCUCCUCCCCUUUCCAGCCCGGUCGGCGGUCGGGACGGCAGGGGCCGCUGUGAGGAGCUCCGCGCUCUCGCCGCCCGCCGCAGCCCUUCGCUCCCGCGCGCGCCCGGCGCUUCGGCUCCGCACCCCGUGCGGUAUUUAAACUUCCCUUUUAGAACUGCUUUCGUGACAUUCCCUAAGUUUUGAACCCAUUGAAAGACUCAGUAAAUCCUGUGGAAAAUGGCCUUCAGCGAUCUUACAUCGAGGACUGUGCGUCUUUAUGAUAAUUGGAUGAAAGAUGCUGAUCCAAGAGUUGAAGAUUGGCUCCUCAUGUCCUCGCCUCUGCCGCAAACCAUCCUCCUAGGACUGUAUGUCUAUUUCGUCACUUCUCUGGGACCAAAGCUCAUGGAAAAUCGCAAGCCCUUUGAACUCAAGAAAGUGAUGAUAACGUACAACUUUUUCAUAGUACUGUUUUCUGUGUAUAUGUGUUAUGAGUUUGUGAUGUCUGGCUGGGGUACAGGUUAUUCAUUUCAAUGUGAAAUUGUUGACUAUUCACGGUCACCCACAGCUUUGAGGAUGGCACAUACCUGCUGGCUUUAUUACUUCUCCAAAUUUAUUGAGCUAUUAGAUACGAUCUUUUUUGUUCUGCGCAAGAAAAAUAGCCAAGUGACUUUCCUUCAUGUAUUUCAUCAUACCAUCAUGCCAUGGACCUGGUGGUUUGGAGUCAAAUUUGCUGCAGGUGGUUUGGGAACAUUCCAUGCCUUUCUGAAUACAGCUGUACAUGUAGUCAUGUAUUCCUACUAUGGACUCUCUGCGCUGGGACCAGCCUACCAGAAGUAUUUGUGGUGGAAAAAAUAUUUGACAUCAUUACAGCUUGUCCAGUUUGUUAUUGUCACCAUCCACAUAGGCCAGUUCUUUUUCAUGGAGGAUUGCAAGUAUCAGUUUCCUGUCUUUCUGUACGUCAUUAUGAGUUAUGGUUUCAUCUUUCUGCUGCUCUUUCUCCAUUUUUGGUACCGUGCUUACACCAAAGGUCAGAGGUUGCCCAAAACUGUGAAAAAUGGAACUUGCAAAAGCAAAGAUCACUGAAGCACAACAUAAGUCUAUGAUCAAAAGUGAUAUAUUGUCUUCCUUGACAAUCAAGAGAUAUUUACCUAUGCAGUACAUUUUGUAUAUUUUUCAAAACUAAGAGCUUGUAUUUUUAUGAUAAGUUAUUGGGAUGUCUGAUAUUUGAGAGCCUGAGGCUCCCAGAUAACAGUCUUCUGAUAGUUAGGGCCUACAGCAGCCAGAAGUUUGUUGGUUUUUUUUUAAAGGGGCUUUUAAACCUAAUCCAAAGGUUUUGUUUAACACAUUUUGUUACAGUGAAAGGAAGAUAUGAAGCAAUACAGUGCUCUUCAAGGAAGUCCAGUAAAGAUGAAAAAUAUCAUUAGAUAUUUUGAGCAAGGAUGGAGAUCCAUGUGAUACAAUAGAUUCCCUCUGCUGGGUCUGGAAACCUCCAACCGUAGGCCCUGACUUUGUCAUUUAUUGACUAUAUUAAGAAGAUGCUAUAUUUGCUCUAGAGCUAAUUCCCAUUUUAGCGAGCUAACACAGGUGAAAAUUGAGUGGGUUUUUGAUAACUUGUCAUUUAAAAUCACUAAUGAUAAUUUUUAAAGGAUCUUUUUAGUAGCCAUCACCAGUUCUGCUGAUAAGACUUCCUCACAACCCUUUUGUUGUACAAACAGUUUCGCAGUAGCAAUCCUUUGGGUUAGUACCCUGAUGCACUUGACACCAAGUUUCAUUCAGUUGAUUAUUUUGAAAAUAAGAUGAUUUGUUUUAAUGGGUUAAUGAACUCUUUGCUAUUACUGUUUUACAAUUAACUACAUCUCUGGAAAGAGGUGAAUUUGUCAAUGAAAAAAGUACUGUGUAGUUCAGUGGGAAAAAUCUGUUGUCUGUUAUAGUAUCGCACCACUUUCUUACAUUGUCAUGGUUUAAAUUAUUAUCUUAUUUAAAUAUAUAGUUAGAUACUUAAAUGUUCAGAUCAUUAGCACACUGCAGGUACAACCUUAAAUCAUAAAUAAUAUUACCCAUUGUACACAGUUUCCAGAUUGGGUUAGAGUGGCUGUGAAGCAACUAGAGGCAAAUUGUGGCACAGAAAGUAUCUAGGGGAAAAUUGAUUAUGUAAGCAAGGGUUGUUCUGCUUUGGGAGAGAGACAGACUACAUAAUAGCUAUAGAUUAUAUAAAGUUAUAGAUAUACUGCACAAUAAAAUAUUUUCCGGAAUUGUGAAUUAAUCAACAACCUGGAUUUCUGUUUCCAGACCUAUAAACCAUAUAACGAAGGACUAAAAUUCAUUUGGCAUAGACUUUGUUUCUUUAAAAUCACUACUUUCUAAAAUUCUGUUAUUUUUACAUUUUCUUGUCAGAGAACCAAAACUAUUAGCAGAGUUUUUUUCCAAGAAAUAGCAAUAUUUGGACAUUUGUGUAUUUUUCCCAAUUUUUUUCUUCUUUUAUUUAUAUUCAGGUUUGAAGGACUGUUUAUGUUCAUAGGACUUUAAACAAUUAGUACUUAAGGCCCGGUUAAUUUUGAACAUACAGAUAUACUUAUUGUACAACAAUGCCUAAGUUUUACUCAAUAUCAUGGCCUUUUAUCUUUACACUUACCAGAUUCAUAAGGUUAUUUGCCUUUAAGUAAUCUUUUGCGAUUUCACUUGAUUACAGUAUGAGAAGGUAAAGGUUGAUAAAUGGGAGUAAUUUUAUAUUUUUUUUAAAAAAAGAAUACAGGACAAAAGAGCACAGCUAAAGGAAACUGCUGCUCUAAUUUAUUCCACUGCAAGGUCUCAGGACUCCUUAACUGUUUUCCAGGUUUGGCUCUUCAUAUCUAACUCGUGCUAAAAUGAGAAGGUAUGUCAGGUGCUGUUAUAAAUCACACAAUUUCCAAAGACCCCAAGUGAUAUAGAGACCAAAAUGAGGCAAAAAUAAAAUAGAUGAAACAGGAGAGUUUAAUUCUUGCAUACUUUCCGACCUUCAUCAUACAACCUCGUAUAACCUCCCUGCAGUCUUUAAAAUGUUAAACUUGCCUGUGAGAUAACAUAUAAUAAAACACAUACUCAAUUAUAUAAAUAGAAAUGGAGAGCUAGAAUGCUACAAAAGAAAUCAUAACUGCCAAAAGUAUCCUCCAUAGAAACAUCAACAUGAUUGUGGAUCAAAAUGAUUUUCACUGGAUAUAGAAUUUAUAUGGGCCAUAUUUAUUAAAAGCAUUCUGUGUGGUCACAUAGAGUUCCUUUGGGAUUUCAUCCGACUUUUCAGGACUUAAUUUGUUUGGGUUUGCUUACCUAACAAACAGCAACAACAACAACAACAAAAAUAGUUCCAAAUCUAGUUUAUUACGUAAAACUCUAUGAAUCCUUGAGGACCUAUAUGUAUAUUGUAAAUAAAUACAAAUAUAGAUUUUUAAGUAUCUAUAGGACUUUGCCAUUUUACUGCCUUAAUUAUAAAAUUAUGAUAUUGUAUUCUAUUACCUUUUAUUCCUGUUAACUUUUUAAAGACUGGAACACUCCGUGGGCAUUGUUAAAGUUUGUUUUUCCCUGUGUAUUAUAAUAAAUUUGUGUUAUUGCAUGUAUA